AAUGCGUAACUAAAAAUAAUUUCGUAACUAAAAAUAAUUUAACUUACUAGACACGUGGCAUUACACUACAUGGAGUAGUCCUGAUGACGAAGAAACAUAUUUGUUUAUACAUGUUGGAGACAACUCGGAACCCAAUCUUACGCCAAUUCUUGCUGGAGAUCUCCCCGAAGCUCUUGAGAUGCCGAAAUUGAACUAUUUUGAGGAUGUUAAUGAUGAAUGGAUUCUACCUACCAAACAGAAGCUCGAUCCGGACAAGCUUCCUUUUUUAUGGAAAACGAUGGCCAGUGGUGGGUUUGUCUGCUGGUCUUAUUGGCAAUGUCUUAAAUGA